GGGACUCGAUACCAGGUGUUUGACACGGCCAGCCUCGAGGGGCCCCGUCUACAAACCAGGGAGCACUUCUUCGCAAUCACAAACACAUAUGGCCUCAUCAACACCUUGAAAGAGCGUGGAGGUAUCAACCUCUUGCUCUUCUGUAUACGCGGAGGCAGAGUCACGGCAACCAUGCAGAGGCAACUACAGCAAAAGGUCCCGCUUGCGCUAGUCGUCACAAACCUCGAAAGAGAGACGAACCUGGAAGACUGGUACACGCGGAAUAUGGGCCACUUAGAGAAGCAUGACAUCCGGUCCGUAGGACACGCAUGCAUAACUGCGGCGAAUCUUCUCGACGAGAGGCAUAGAGACAAUGUUGUUCAGGCUCAUUGCCACGCAUCAAUGGAAGGGUGGACCGAAGGCCAAGGAUGGCUUGCUUCGUCCCGGUAGCAAGCUCGUGGAGUUCGUCGCUGGACGUCCCAAGAAGACAGAUAUCAUUGGGAUCCUCACAAAACGAUGUGGAAUGACCAAGAAAGUCGCUCAGCAGGUGGCGCAGCAGAUCAAUAGAGGCGAAAAUCAAUCCUAGUAUAAUCUUACCACUGCUGCUAUCAUGGUUCAUAGACUCUUCCCUCGCACGUACAUACGUUACCACCUAGGCUACAACAACCACCUGAGCUGACGAAGCUAGCGCGCUU